AUGUCAAGUAAAAUAUCCAAAUCUUUAGUAAAAUCAAAGAAAUCUAAAUCUAAACGAACAGGUCACAGCAAAAAUGCUACAAAGACAAAAGUCGUUGUACGUCGGUUACCUCCACUUAUUCUUGAGCAAGUGUUCUUUGAAUCUGUCGAACAAUGGGUAAACAAAGAAACUUGUACUUGGUCACGCUUUCACCAAGGUCGUAUUAGCAAGAGCAAGAAUAAGGAAAGUAUCUUUUCUCGUGCCUAUCUACACUUCAAGACUGUUGAACAGGUUUUAGAAUUUCAUCGUGGUUAUGAUAAUCAUUUGUUCGUUGACAGACAAGGCAAUGAAAAUAGAGCUGUGGUAGAAUUUGCAAUUUAUCAAAAACUACCAAAAGAACACAAGAAACCAAAUCCUAAACAAGGAACGAUUGAAACUGAUCCCGAUUAUCUCGCGUUUCUUGAAUCUUUGAAAGUGGAAGAAACUCAACAUGCCACUACAAAAGAACCAGGUGUAUUAUUAGAAAGUGGUGCAACGCAAUUGGAAAGAUUGGAGGCCCGUUUGGCAAAUGCUGCUGCUAUCAAUGCAGCUAAUGCUGUUGAAAAACCAAAAACUACUCCACUUAUUGAACAUUUACGCGCGUUAAAGUCUGCAAAGUCUAAAUCGCAACUAACAAAACAAGCUCAAAUAGCUAUCCUUUCACCACCAGGUUCACCUGCAAAAGGAACUGGUUCGAAGACUGUAAAACAGUCACAAAAUUCACGAGCGGUACAUGCUAAUGAAGCUAAUCAAUCUUUUCAAUAUACAGCAGAAGCUAGUAUGUCAGUACCUCCCACUAUUACUAUUGUUCCCCGACCGCAAACUGAAGAAAGAGAAAAAGAAACUAGGAGAGCACCCGUUAAAAUUACGAUCCAACGACGACAAAAAGAACAAAUUCGUCAAUUCAUCCAGCCUUCACUGAUAAAAAAGGAAUUAGAUACAAUAGAAACUAAUUCAAAAGAAACAAUUGACAAAGAGGUAGUAAUCAAUGAAUCUAGAGUAAAAGAUCAAAAAGAUCUACAGGAGGAGAUAUCUAAGAUAGAUGAUAAAGAUGCUGUUUCUAAUACAUCAUCGAGCACAUCCAAUACAGCAGUCACUAGAACUCCAAUUAUGAAUGUUCCUUCAUCAAGUUAUCGUCGUCGAGAUCGAAGCAGAAAACACGGCACCGAUGUUAAACAACCGGAAUUACUUAUGGCUUCAUCAAAAUAUAUAAGCUGUCCUAUUAUAAAUGUGAUACGGCAACAAGAAGUUGUAUACCCUACCUGUGAUUAUUGUGGGAAGAAAUUAAAAUUACCAUAUGAAAAAAGAAUAUCAAAACUAUUAAUCGAACAAAGUAAUGAUAAUAAAAGCAAUCUAGGAAAUGAUGAAAAGCAGGGACAUCAAGAAAACAAAAAAAGCAAAUUACAAGUUGAGGAUCGAUAUUCAUUAAGAUGUUUUCGUUGUCAUAUCAUUUACAAGCAUACCGAAAUUUCUUAUCGAUAUCGAAUUUGUAUAAUGGUUUCUAUUAAUGAUUAUUUAUAUAGAGAUAGUCUUGAUAGAAUAUUUGGAUGUACAGCAAAGGAAUUUGAAAUUUUUAAAACGCGAUCAAUUUUUGAUAUGAAUGCAUUUGAAUUUAAUCUAAAUACAUUCAACGCUUUGGAUUAUGUUAUAAAUGGGGAAUUGUGUUUAUUGGAAUUUUCUAAUCAUUAUUAUAAAUUACUAAAAGAUUUAAAUGAUAACAAUAUUGAUGUUAUUGCUAAUAACAUUCAAAUAAUGAAACCUAACUCUUAUUUGAAUGUUGUUGGAUAUUUUAGGAAUUAUUAUAAUAAUUAUGAAGAGAAAUGGAAUAAAUUUUUUUAUAUGAUUAAUAAACUUGAUGAAAGAUUAAUAGAAAGGCUGGAUGGGGAAUUAGAAGAAGUAAUUGUUGAUAAUAUUUAUCAAAAUAGGAUACAAGAAGAUGAUGAGAUUCAAGAACAAAUUUCAAAAAUAGUGUUUGAUACCGAAAUUUUUAUUGAUUCAGCUGAAUUUGAACAUUUGGAUAUUGAAUUAUUAUAUUGUCAAGGACUUCACCUUGAAGAUUCUUUUAAUAAUUUAGAAGAUUCUGAUAUCUUAGAAUGGGAUCCUAUACUUGCUGAUUCUGAUUAUUAUUUAAAAUAG